GCGGCUUUUCUGCUCUUGGGAGGGUCGAAGCAGCAGCUGGCAGAUAUUUCUGAAGAUGUUGAUCAGUACUGGGCCUAAAAUACAACCUGGGGAUACCCCACUGCUUACUUCCCUCCAUGUGGGUGUAUUUCCAUUGAGGACUACACAUUGAGUAUGAUUUGUCAGUGAGUUACAAAUCCACCUGCGUGUCUGUGCCACAUUAUUUUAAACUUACCAACAAACAAACAGGAUGUCAACAAGAGCACUCGGGACAACUGUAAAUAACAAGCAACAUUGAAAAGGAAAGAAAAUCGAGCCAAUAUCAAAAGAUUUUCCAUUUCCUUCAGAAAACAAUACAAUUCUGCUCCUCCUCCAGUGGCUGUUAGAGAAAAGACAGAUAAUCAAGAAGGAAUAAACAGAUUAUGCAGAACUCAAGGAUACGUUACAUGAAAAAUCAAAGGAAAUUAUUUUUCAAUCCGCAAAAAAGGGAAAUAUCUGGAAAUCUGUGAGGGACAAACUGUCAAUAGUAAAGUCAAGUAGAGCAGAUAGGAAUGCAGGCCACACCCUGUCAGAAAGAAAACAGCUUGAAUGAAAGCACCACUAAACAAGGCAUUGUCCAUAUUUUUUACCUCCUCGAGAAUAUCAGCUGUGGAAAAGCUCCAUAGAUUUGCCUAUUGUGGGAAGAGCACAGAUUGCAAAUAAUAGCUGAUUACGCAGAAGAGGAGCUAGACAGGAGAAAAGCCAUAAAAAUUAUCUGAAUCUGGCAAAAGCUUCGGUCAGAACAGCUCCUUUGUGGUAAAUGGAAGCUGCCACACAAAACGGAAGUCACAAAUGUACUCUCAAUGAGGUAAAUGCUUUAGUGAGCAUUGCAACAUAACUCACAGGAAGAAGAAAACGUAUGACUUUGCAGAUUGUGUGAAAGUUUCAUUAGAAAUUCCCAGGUCAUGAGACACUAAAGGACGCACACACAGGAAAAAAACCAUUUGAACAUCCUGUCUGUGGGGAAAGUUUCAGUGACAAUUCCAUCCUGGUGAAGCAUCUGAGGACUUGCACAAAAGUGAAAACCUUUGAAUGUCCUGAUUUUUGGAAAACUUUCGGUUAUAAUUCCAACUUGGUGAUACACCAGAGGAUUCACUCCAUGGAGAAACCUCAUGAGUGUCGAGAUUGUGGGAAAGGUUUCAUUAGAAAUUACAACCUCCUGAGACACAAGACCACACACACCGGAGAGAAACCCUUUGAAUGUCCUAUCUGUGGAAAAGGUUUUAGUCAGAAUUCCAGUCUGGUAACACACCAGAGGAUUCACACAGGAGACAAACCAUAUGAAUGUCUUGAGUGUGGGAAAAGUUUCAGUCGGAAUUCUACUCUCGUGACACACCAGAGGACUCAUACAGGAGAGAAACCCUUUGAAUGUCCUGAUUGUGGGAAAAGUUUUAGUCUGAGUUCCAGCCUGGUGACACACCAGAGGACUCACACAGGGGAGAAACCCUUUGAAUGUCCUGAUUGUUGGAAAAGUUUUAGUCUGAGUUCCAGCCUGGUGAAACACCAGAGGACUCACACAGGAGAGAAACCCUUUGAAUGUCCUAUCUGUAGGAAAGGUUUUUGUGAAAAUUCCAGCCUGGUGAAACACCAGAGGACUCACACAGGAGAGAAACCCUUUGAAUGUCCUAUCUGUGGGAAAAGCUUUAGUGAUAAUUCCAAUCUGGUGACACACCAGGUGACUCACACAGGAGAGAAACCCUUUGAAUGCCCUGACUGUGGGAAAUGUUACAAUCAGAAUUCCCACCUGGUGAUACACCAGAGGACUCACACAGGAGAGAAACCCUUUGAAUGUCCUGACUGUGGGAAAUGUUACAGUCGUAAUUCCCACCUGGUGAUUCACUGGAGGAUUCACACAGGAGAGAAACCCUUUGAAUGUCCUAUCUGUAGGAAAGGUUUUUGUGACAAUUCCAGCCUGGUGAAACAUCAGAGGACUCACACAGGAGAGAAACCCUUUGAAUGUCCUAUUUGUGGGAAAAGCUUUAGUGAUAAUUCCAAUCUGGUGACACACCAGAGGACUCACACAGGAGAGAAACCCUUUGAAUGUUCUAUCUGUGGGAAAAGUUUUAGUAAUAAUUCCACGCUGGUGAGACACCAGAGUACUCAUAGAGGAGAGAAACCCUUUGAAUGUCCUGACUGUGGAAAAGGUUUUAGUCGAAAUUCCCAACUCAUGAACCACCAGAAGACUCACACAGGAAAGAAACCCUUUGUAUGUCCUAUCUGUGGAAAAAGUUUGAAUGAUAAUUCCAGCCUGGUUAGACAUCAGAAGACUCACACAGGAGAGAAACCCUUUGAAUGUCCAGACUGUGGAAAAGGUUUUAGUCAGAAGUCCAACCUCAUGACACAUCAGAGGUGUCACACAGGAGAGAAACCCUUUGAAUGUCCUGAGUGUGGGAAAGGUUUCAGUCAUAAUUCCAGCCUGGUUCAGCACCAGAGUACUCAUACAGGAGAGAAACCGUUUCAAUGUCCUGACUGUGGAAAAGGUUUUAGUCGAAAUGCCCACCUCAUGAACCACCAGAAGACACACACAGGAGAGAAACCCUUUGAAUUUCCUAUCUGUGGAAAAAGUUUUAAUGAUAAUUCCAGCCUGGUGAAACAUCAGAAGACUCACACAGGAGAAUAACCCUUUGAAUAUCCUGACUGUGGGAAACUUGACAGUAAGAAUCCCCACCUGGUGAUACACCAGAGGACUCAAAUAGGAGAGAAACCCUUUGAAUGCCCUGAUUGUGGGAAAAGUUUCAGUCAGAAUUCCAAUUUGGUUCAACAUCAGAGUACUCAUAACAGGAGAGAAAGCCUUUGAAUGUCCAGACUGUGGAAAAUGUUACAGUCAGAAUUCCUACCUGGUGAUACAUCAGAGGACUCACACAGGUGAGAAACCCUUUAAAUGUCCUGACUGUGGGAAAGGGUUCACUCGUAAUUCCAACCUGGUUCAACACCAGAGGACUUACACAGGAGAGAAAACCCUUUGAAUGUCCUGAUUGUGGGAAACUUGACAGUAAGAAUCCCCACCUGGUGAUACACCAGAGGACUCACACAGGAGAGAAACCCUUUGAAUGUGCUAUCUGUAGGAAAAGUUUCAGUCAGAAGUGUCAGUGUGUUCAUGACUGGCAGAGACAUGGUAACAAGAUCAGCCAAUGAAUAGGCAUAGUAAUAGAUCAUCUAAUGGGAGCUGAAACAGUUUGGAGCCUGGGCGUGGCUUAGUUCUGAACUGAACUGAAACUCUUCUCUUCUGUCUGUGUUUGUACCCAGUUACAAUCACUCCUCUCUGCCACAUUGGAAAACCUGAUUUUGGUAUUGUAUAUAUGCCUUAUGUGUUAUUAUGUAUAUAAAGAAGUUAAUGAAUCCUGCUGAAUCAGUUACCUGUGUGUGCUUUCUGGAUGUCAUUCCUACAAAUUUUUUUUAAAAUUAAAUUUUAUUUUAAUACAAAUAAUUCAUCUUCC